AAAGGUCAUCCUCUGAAUAAUAAACAGGGCUUAGCUUCUUUAAAAAGAGCUGCUUUCUUAUGAAUGAGUUCAAAGUACAACAGGAGGGGUAAUGAUUUCUUACACAAAACAUUGGCACAUCUUUCCCAUGUCCUCGCAGUGCAGCAGUUUGCCUAAUUAUCAAAGUAUCAAUUGAAGCCCGGAAAACCAGUGAAAGACAUUAGCAAUGGCAUCUCCUUUUAAGAGUCUGAUGGAUGAUGACAGAAGGUACCUGAAAUCCUUCCAGUUGUUCCGAGAGCGCUCUUCUGAACAGCAGUGCAUGCAGAACUUCAUCCGACGGAUUCUCCCUGAUAUCCUGGCCAGUAUUGGAAAUGGAAACGGCUGCCUCAAUGUCAUGGGGGUGGGCAGUGGAUCAGGUGAUCUUGACCUGGAGAUGUUUUCGCAACUGCGUUUAAAGCACCCAGGAGUGAGUGUACACAGCGAGGUGGUGGAACCUAGCAGUGAGAUGCUGGAGAACUAUAAGGAUUUGGUGGCAAAGACACCAGACCUUGAGAACGUGAAGUUCAGCUGGAAUAAGAUGACUGCCUCGGAAUUUGAAAAGCACUGGAGAGAAAAGAACUUCACGAAAAAGAUGGACUUCAUUCACAUGAUCCAGAUGCUGUAUUACAUCGCUGAUCCUGGUGCUGCGGUCUCAUUUUUCCGGAGCCUUCUCAACAAAAAUGGGAAGCUCCUGAUCAUAUUGGUCUCUGGGAAGAGUGCUUGGGAAAAACUGUGGAAUUAUAAAGCUAAGAUGUACGAAAAUACUGUCAGUUACUCUGUGACCACAAGGGACAUCAAGAGCUACCUCGAUGCCAUGGGCAUCAAAAGCACUUACUACGAGCUGCCUUCUCAAAUGGACAUCACCGAGUGCUUCCAGGAAGGCAACGAGAAGGGAGAACUGUUGCUUGAUUUUCUGACGGAGGUGUCAGACUUCAGUAAAACCGCUCCGCCUCAUCUGAGGUCAGGUCUGCUGGAACUACUGCGCCACCCUGACUGCAGCACUGAGGUGGACGGAAGGGUAAUAUUUAACAACAGUCUGGGUGUUUUAGUUCUCGAGCCUGACCACUGAUUACAGCAUCAUUAGGAAAUAAAACCAAGGGAAAGUGUUUGGUUGGACAUUCCAAGCAUUUAUGAAUCAGCUUUACUAAGGGUUGCAGGCAUGAGGUUAUGUCGGGAAGCUGUGUGUGUUACAGUAGAUACACUGGUCCCAUGGUGUUAGGACGUUAGGAUUGUCCGGAUUGUAUACAGUUACAGAUAACACAUCCAUUAGAGCUUUUCUGUUUGAGUUAAUUUUUUAAAUCUUAGGAGUUAUAAAAAUGUUAAAGGUAUGGGAUAUUGUGUUUCCUUCCAUUGGCUUCUGCCAGGGAAGGUGGAGUUUUCUGUGUACUUGUUUUGGUGCUGUCCUAUUGCAGACUUAUUCUGGUUACAAGUGCAAGAAACCAUGGCUGCUGUAUAUUCACUAUCAUCAUUGUCAUGUAGGGAGAUCUGAUAUGCUCACUGAUUAAUAAACAUAUACUUUUGUCUGAUUAAAGUUUUAA